AUGUCAUCCUUCAACCUUGAGGAGAUCUUCCGUCAAGAGGAGAAGGUUCUUUGUCGUGCACUUCGAGAUUCAAACAUUCCGAAGAUCGUUGCCGAGGAUACAGAGAUCUUCCUUGGACUUAUUGGAGACCUGUUUCCCUCGGUCGACGUCCCCCGGCUCCAGGAUAAGAAUUUCGAGGCUCUCAUCAAGAAGUCCCUCCUUGCCCAGCGCCUUCAAGCAGAGGACAGCUUCAUUCUUAAGAUCGUUCAGUUUGAGGAGCUCCUUCAAAUUCGUCACUCUGUCUUUAUCCUCGGAUCCUGCGCUGUUGGCAAAACAAAGUGUUGGACGACCCUUGCCGAGACGUAUAAGCUCCAGAACAAGAAGAUACAGUAUCAAGUCAUCUCGCCGAAAUCUAUCACAACCCGUGAGCUUUACGGCUACAUACACCCUGCAUCCCGCGAAUGGAAAGAUGGAAUUUUCUCCACCAUUAUGCGUGACCUGGUUGCUAUACCGAAUACUGAACCCAAGUGGAUUGUUCUAGAUGGUGAUAUUGACGCCCUUUGGGUCGAGAGUCUCAACACGGUUAUGGAUGACAACAAGAUUCUGACGCUCGCUAGUAAUGAGCGCAUUCCCUUGAUGCCGUACAUGCGCCUCGUUUUCGAAAUCGGCGACCUCAAAUACGCAUCUCCUGCCACCGUUAGUCGCGCAGGGAUUAUUUACAUUAAUGAAACAGAUGUCGGUUGGCUCGCAUAUUCUGCUAGCUGGGUGGAGCUCCGCGAGUCCAGUCUGGAAAGAAGCACUCUUACAGUUCUUUUUGAGAAGUAUGUUCCCCCGGUUCUCGAGGCCAUGCGAAAGCAACUCAAGACGGUCACUCCUGUCGCAGACAUGUCAGUUGUCCAGACAAUCUGCAGACUCCUCGAUGCCUUGUUGUCUGAAUAUUAUACAUCGCCGGGAUGCAAGGUCAAUACAGCAAAUGCUGCCCUUAUACAGCAGCAGGGGUCUUCGGGAGGAGCUCAAGGCGAGGGUGGAAAGAUAGUUGAUUACUUUAAAGACAUAUUGGAAUACUUUUUCAUAUUUGCAACUAUUUGGGCCAGUGGGGGCACGAUGUUUAAGGAUCAGCUGACAGAUCACCGCAAACAGUUUACAAAGUUCUGGAAGACGGAGUUCAGUAAGGGAAUAACAUUUCCAGCUAUCGGAGAGGUCUUCGAUUACUACGUUGCCAUCAACGACGAGACAGGCGAGCCGCGCUGGCAAACAUGGGACGACAGGCUUACUCCCUACGUCCACGAUGACGAGGCGCUGCCGAGCCAGGUUCAUGUGGAGACCAUCGAGACUUAUCGCCUUCACUACAUGCUUGAACGCCUUGUUAAAAAUGGCCAUCCUGUUCUCUUCUGUGGACCAGCGGGCUCUGGUAAGACGAGCCUCCUUAAGAGCAUGGUCGGGUCACUCAAUGACCAAGAGUAUGGUAGCGCCAGUAUAGCCCUAAACUACUACACUACAUCCAUGCUUCUUCAGACAAUUAUGGAAAGCUACCUAGAAAAGAAGGUUGGUCGCCGCUACGGCCCUGUUGGGAACCGGAAGCUGAUCUACAUCAUAGACGAUCUAAACAUGCCGCAGGUUGAUACCUACGGAACACAACAGCCUCUAACUCUUAUUCGUCUUCACCGCGACUAUCUUUUCUGGUUUGACCGCGAAAAACUCACAAUCAAGGAGAUCACCAACUGUCAGUAUCUCGCGUCUAUGAAUCCAUAUUCAGGGUCUUUCUCUGUUGAUCCUCGCCUGCAGUGGCACUUUUCCACCUUCUCAGUUGACUUCCCCUCUGACGAGAACCUGAAGCAAAUUUAUGGGUCUCUUUUGCGCGGGCAUUUUACGCGAGAAGAGGCUGGCUUCCCGCAUGGCGUCUCAAAGGCGUGGGAGGCAAUCACCAAUGCAUUACUUAAGAUCCAUAGCAAGGUAUCCAGUUCGUUCCUCCCUACAGCCAUCAAGUUCCACUACAUGUUCAAUCUGAGGGAUCUCACGAAUAUCACCGAGGGCCUCAUGCGUGCAACCCGGGACACGAUUAAGACAACCCCGCAGCUGAUUCAGCUCCUUGUUCACGAGUGUGCACGUGUGUACUGCGACAGAAUGGUUACCAUGGAAGACAAGGAAGCAUACUCGAAGUUAGUGGAGGAAGUUGUCAUGGCAGAUCUCCAGAACAUCAAUCCUCCAAAGGAUCCGAAUGAAGAAGCGGCUGCAAAGGGUAGGCCGAAGUCACAGCCUGGGGGUGUAAUGGCGUCUCAGCCCAUUGCUGUUGACAUGAAAGACGUGUUCCAGAAAGACGAGGAAAACAAUGCCCUUCCAAUUAUCUUUAGCAAUUUCGCGCUUGGGGUUGGAGACGGACGUUAUGGGCAGAUACCCGAUUAUGAUAAGCUCUACCCGCUCCUCAGAGAUGCCUUGGAACAGCACAACGAGGUCAAUGCUGUUAUGGACCUUGUUCUCUUCCGUGAUGCCAUGGAACAUGUUUGCAGGAUAUCUCGUAUAAUUACCACCGGAGACGCCCUCCUUGUCGGCGUCGGUGGUUCUGGAAAGCAAAGCCUGGCGAAGCUCGCUGCUUACAUUAACUCUUAUGAGGUAUUCCAGAUCACUAUCUCCUCAACAUAUGAUAUACCAGACUUUCGAGCAGAUCUCCAGCAGCUAUAUAUAAAGACGGGGCUUAAGGGAAUCCCCACAAUGUUCCUAUUUACAGACACUCAGAUUGUCAACGAAGAGUUCUGUGUUUAUAUUAACGAUCUUCUCAGCUCGGGGAACAUUUGUGGUCUGUUUCCUCCCGAGGAGGAGGAAAAUAUAAUCAACGGCGUCCGCAGUGAGGCAAAGUCUGCAGGUAUCCCUGAGACUCGUGAGAACCUUUACAACUACUUCAUCUCUAAGGUCAAGCAGAACCUUCAUGUUGUGUUAGGAUUCUCCCCGAUUGGAGAAGCAUUUCGAGUACGUGCACGCAAGUUCCCCGCCUUGGUUACAUGCACCACUAUUGACUGGUUCCAAGCAUGGCCCCAUGAGGCCCUUGUUUCCGUUGGAAAGCGUUUCCUUGGAGAGCUGGAAAUGUCGCCGGAGCUUAAGGAUAGUGUUGCACUCUUCAUGGCCGAUGCCAACGGGCUGGUUAACCAAAUGUCCAUUGCGUAUGACCAGGUCGAAAGACGGAAGGCGUACACUACACCAAAGUCAUUCCUCGAGCUCAUCAGUCUUUAUAUAAAGCUUCUCCAUGGACGUAGACGUGAAAUUUAUGACCAGAUAGAGAGGCUAGAGCAAGGAAACACGAAGCUGGAAAAGACCGAGGAAGAUGUGUCAGAGCUGAAGAAGGCCCUUGUUGAGCAGCAGAAGAUUGUUGAUGAACGUAAAAAGGCAGCCGACGAGCUCCUUGAGGUUGUAGAGAAGGAUGCUGCAUUUGUUGGCGAACGGCAGCAGGAGGCAAUGGUGGAGGCUGAGAAGACAGCGGAGGUCGAGAGAGAGGUCACGGCCAAAGAGGAGGUCGCACGACUCGAGCUAGGAAAGGCAGAGCCAGCCAUAGAAGCUGCACAGGCUGCCUUAAACACGCUCAACAAGAACAACCUUGUUGAGCUGCGUUCCUUCGCAUCUCCGUCUGCUGAGAUCGUCAAUGUCAUGGGUGCUGUCAUGUGUCUUCUUGACACACCUGGAAAGCUCCCAAAGGACAGAAGCUGGAAAGCAGCCAAAAACGUUAUGGGUUCCAUUGACACGUUCCUGAACAGGCUCCAAAAUUAUGAUAAGGAUAAUAUUCACGAGGUCAACUUUGCAGCAGCAAAGAAGUACACGUCUGAUCCCAAUUUCACAGGCGAAUUCAUCCGCUCCAAAUCAGUCGCUGCUGCCGGUAUCUGUGAGUGGGCACGGAACAUCGUCUCCUACAACGAAAUCUAUAAGAUUGUUUUGCCGCUACGUGAGGCCGCCGCAGAGGCCGCGAUGCAGCUCGAAGCUGCCCGUAAGAAAUACAAAGCUGUCAUGGACAACGUUGCAAAGCUGAACAAAAAGCUCCAAACUCUCAAGGAUCAAUUUGACAAGG